AUGUUUAUCAUCAUUUGAAAAAAAAUAAGCUUUGCAUUUAUACAAUAUUAAAAGUUUUCUUGAUCCUUUAAAAUUUUUAAUUUUAAAAAAGUAGCCGCAUGUUUCGAAAAGGGACCACUGUUUAAAAUAUCGCAGCUGAACACUGACCAGUAGAAAAUUUUCUCACGUUCUUGAAAAAUUUGGCUGAUGCUUCUAGCCAUGAUGAAAUACUUCAAAAGAUUAGGAGGUUAGCUGAUAACUUAUUUCACCAAAAAGAUCAGAAGAUGAGUGCGUACGACUGACUUGUAGAAAUGGCGGAAUGUGCGUUAAUGGUAGAAAUGGUGCCCAAUGUGUAUGCCGUCCCCCAUAUGUGGGAACAUAUUGUGAAACAGAUCCGUGCGCACAUCUGCCUUGUAGAAAUGACGGAAUGUGCGUGGUCGGUAGAAAUGGUGCCCAAUGUGUAUGCCGUCCCCCAUAUGUGGGAAACAAUUGUGAAACAGAUCCGUGUGCAGGACUGCCUUGUAGAAAUGAAGGAAUGUGCGUUGUCGGUAGAAAUGGUGCUCAAUGUAUGUGCCGACCCCCAUAUGAGGGAAAAUAUUGUGAAAGAGAUCCGUGUGCACCACUGCCUUGUAGAAAUGGCGGAAUGUGCGUUGUCGGUAGAAAUGGUGCCCAAUGUGUGUGCCGUCCCCCAUAUGAGGGGAAGUAUUGUGAAACAGAUACGGAUCUAUGUAGAAAUAUUGAUUGCAGAAAUGGUGGAAUUUGCAUAAGCACUAAGAGUGGGGCUGAAUGUAUAUGCCGUUUUCCUUAUGAGGGAAAAUUAUGCGAAACAAAUACAGAUCUAUGUAGAAAUAUUGAUUGCAAAAAUGGUGGAAAGUGCAUUAACGGCAAGAGUGGUGCUACAUGUCUAUGCCGAUUUCCUUACACGGGAGAAUUUUGUGAAAUAGGUGACACACAUCGUAGUGACGGAAGUCGAAUUCUUGGCUAUAAGAUGGCGCCACUGGAAAACAAGAGUUAUCGCAUCCCCUCUGACUCAAUGGCUGACGGCAACAACAACGUGACUUUUCUUUUCUUUAAAGAAAAAAAUCCGUGUGAAAUAAUUUCUUGUAGAAAUGGAGGAAUGUGCGUUAUCGGUGUAAAUGGUGCUCAAUGCUUAUGCCCUUUCCCGUAUGAGGGGAAUUUUUGUGAAAUAGAUUCAGAUUUAUGCAGAAAUAUGACUUGCAGGAAUGGCGGAAAGUGUAUAAAUAAUAAAAAUAGUGCUCAAUGUUUAUGCCGUUUUCCUUAUGAGGGAAACUUUUGUGAAAUAGAUCCGUGUGAAAACGUUUCUUGUGGAAAUGGCGGAAAUUGCGUUAUAGGUACAAAUGGAGCUCAAUGUUUAUGCAGUUAUCCAUAUGCGGGAAAAUUUUGUGAAACAGAAGUGAUUCCUGAAAAUUCAUCGACUGAUGCUUCUACUCUAUCAACUGAUACUUCUAAUCCAUCAACUGAUGCUUUUACUCCAUAAACUGAUGCUUCCACUCCAUCGACUGAUGCUUCUACUCCAUCAACUUAUGCUUCUACUCUAUCAACUGGUUUUUCUACUCCGUCAACUGAUGCUUCAACUCCGUCAACAGAUGCUUCAACUCCAUCGAAUGAUGCUUCUACUCCAUCGACUGAUACUUCUACUCCAUCGACUGAUGCUUCUACUCCAUCAACUGAAUAAAUCGUCACAAAAGUUCUCAACACAACCUUUUUCUGAACCUUUAAUAUCACAAAUGAUUAUGAUUAUAUUACCUGACCUCUUAAUUACACUUUAACUAUAAACCAAACAUCAGUUACUUUCCUUACUUUCACAAAUGAUUUUAGUGAAGCAACUUCUGAAUCUUCACGAAAGAUUGAGAUUGGAAUGGAGAACCUUUGAUCUAUACCUUGAUUGCAAACCAAACAUUAGAUAAUUUCACAAAUGAUUUCAGUGAAGUAAAGUAUCUGAUAUCACUAAUGGUUAUAACUAGAGGAAGAAGCUUCAAUAAACCAAUCUUCCGAUUGACCGUAUGAUUUUUUGAAAAGCGCAAUUGUUUUUUUUUAAUUAGCUAAAGAAUAUAAUACGUUUAAUAAAUUCUAUUCUUUGUAGCACUUUGAAACCUGUUUUGCUAAUGUCAUUUUAAGCAUAAAUAAGUUUUCUGUUGAACACUUUGACUGGCAUAUAAUUUUGAGCCCUUUUAUUUUAACGAAGAAAAUGUUUGAAAAAGCAAUGUUCUUUUUUUCACAUUGACAGCGAGAUAGAAGAUUUGUACGAUUUCUACAAAUUAAUGGCAGAAAUAUUU